GAAUUCCGUUAUGUUCAACAAUGAACAGAUGGCCGACGUGCACUUCGUGGUGGGUCCACCAGGGGGCACUCAAAGAGUACCGGGACACAAAUAUGUUCUGGCGGUCGGGAGUUCCGUGUUCCACGCCAUGUUCUACGGGGAGCUGGCCGAGGACAAGGACGAGAUCCGCAUCCCAGAUGUGGAGCCUCCUUCCUUCCUGGCCAUGCUAAAGUACAUCUACUGUGACGAGAUCGACCUGUGCGCCGACACGGUGCUGGCCACGCUGUACGCCGCCAAGAAGUACAUCGUGCCGCACCUGGCGCGCGCCUGCGUCGCGUUCCUGGAGACGUCGCUGAGCGCGCGCAACGCCUGUGUGCUGCUGUCGCAGAGCUGCCUGUUCGAGGAGCCGGAGCUGACGCAGCGCUGCUGGGAGGUGAUCGACGCGCAGGCCGAGCUGGCACUGCGCUCGGACGGCUUCUGCGACAUUGACGCGCCCACGCUGGAGAGCAUCCUGCGGCGCGAGACGCUCAACGCCAAGGAGACGGCCCGUGUUGACGGCCUUCGCUGGGCCGCCCGAGUGCGGCGAAGCGGGGGUGGUCGAAACACGGACAACAAGCGCGAGGCGCUGGGCAAGGCGCUCUACCUGAUCCGCGUGCCGGCCAUGCCUCUGGACGAGUUCGCCAACGGGCCGGCGCAGUCGGGCCUGCUGACACUGGCCGAGACCAACGACGUGUUCCUGUGGCACACGGCGGCGCGCAAGCCUGCGCUGCGAUUCGUGCGCGAGCCUCGCGCCGGGCUGGCGCCGCAACGCUGCCACCGCUUCCAGUCGUGCGCCUACCGCAGCAACCAGUGGCGCUACCGCGGCCGCUGCGACAGCAUCCAGUUCGCCGUCGACCGCCGCGUCUUCGUCGCCGGCUUCGGACUGUACGGGUCGAGCUGCGGGUCGGCCGAGUACAGCGCGCGCAUCGAGCUCAAGCGGCAGGGCGCCACGCUCGGCGUCAGCGUGGCCAAGUACUUCUCGGACGGCUCGAGCAACACGUUCCCCGUGUGGUUCGAGCACCCGGUGCAGAUAGAACCGGACACGUUCCACACUGCCAGCGUGGUGCUGGACGGGAACGAGCUCAGUUACUUCGGCCAGGAGGGCAUGACCGAGGUGCAGUGCGGCAAGGUGACCUUCCAGUUCCAGUGCUCGUCCGACAGCACCAACGGAACCGGCGUGCAGGGCGGACAGAUCCCGGAGCUCAUAUUCUACGCUUGAUACUGAGGAAGGUGGUGGUGGUGAUGAUGAUGAUGAUGGUGGGGGGUUGGGAACAGGGAAAGGGGUCCAAGACAUAUGGAUAGAAAAAAAGGUCAUGCAGCAUUUGUCAAUCAAACUCAUUCAAUAGCUGUGUGACUCCUACAGUGUGCGAUGUACAGAAAGCGUUGUAGUUAAGAUGUCCUGUGUUUGUUUUUGUUUUGUUAGCUCACUGGUCCCACUUUUCCAUCUGUAUGGUCCGAGAAAUACAGUUAGUAGUUUCCCUCUCAAACACACUUAAACAUAGCCUAGAAAUCUAGACGCGCCCCUAGCGGCAGCCAGGGCUAGUCUAGCAACUUUCCGUUGGCUUGUGAGCUCCAUAAUCGAAACUCAAUCAGGCCAAUA